UCCAGUCUGAAUUAUGUACAGUGGAUCGUGUCCGGGUUUGCGAACAACCGUCUGAAAGGUCUUUUGAAGCCACUAUCCGGCGCCUUACUGAAUCCCGCGCCCGAAAGAUGUUAUACUUAUAUCUCCCAAUCUGGCAGGACAGCGAGGCUCCCACAGAGGGAAGAAGGGAAGAGUGAGAGAAUCUGUAACGCCGUUUAUCGGGCCUCUCAUGGUCGGCAUCGGCAAUUCCUAAUGUUGUCUAUCUACUUGUCGCCCGCCAUAAUCGCGCCAUGGCAGCAAAAUCAUCGUCAAACCGAGACGGUGGCGAAAAUGUCUAGAAAGAAGGCGAUUCUCUGCUUCACCAACAACCCAGAAACCCAAGUAGUGGGUGCCCUCAUCAAACAGGGGGAGGUAAAAGCUCGUGAAGAUGCUGUUUCCGGCAAGAAGCUCAUGUGGGUCGAUAGGCCGACGGCAACUACCGACGCCCAGAGGAAGGCCAUCUCGGAGUUCCCGGAGAAAAUGACCAACCGCUGCCGAGCCGUCCUCAGAAACAUCAUCUGCCUCUCGGACUCCGAGGAAGACGACCCAUCUGACUUGUUGGUUUGGUGGGUUCGCGUAACGAAGCCCAAAAGAGCUGAGUGGCUGUUGGCUAUCAAGUAUCUGCAGAAGCUGCAACAUCCCUUGGUGUUUAAGGUAACGGAGUUUGCCCUUCUAGAAGAAUCAUUUGAAGCAAAUAUUCGUGACUACACCAGGUUAAUUGAUGCUUAUUCUGAGGCCAAUCUUCUGAAACAAGCUGAAGUCACGUUUGAUACCAUGAAAAGAAGAGGGUUUCAGUGUGAUUCAGUUGUAUUAACAGUGUUGAUUCACAUGUACAGCAAGGCAGGGUGUCUUGACCGUGCCAAAGAGGCAUUUGAUGAGAUACGGUUGCAAAACUUGCCAUUAGAUAAACGAGCUUGUGGGGCCAUGAUCAUGGCAUACAUUAGAGCAGGAAAGGCUGAACUUGGAGAGAGCCUCUUGAGAGAAAUGGAAUCUCUUGAGAUAUUUCCUGGAAAAGAAAUCUACAAAGCUCUGUUAAGAUCCUAUUCCAGAGAUGGUGAUUCUGGUGGUGCUCAAAGAGUGUUUGAUGCUAUUCAAUUUGCAGGUAUAGUUCCUGAUAUUAGACUUUGUGCACUCCUGCUCAAUUCCUACUGUGUUUCUGGCCAAAUUGACAAAGCUAAUCUUGUCUUGAAAAAUUUGAAGAAAAUAGGCCUUAAGCCGAACGAUGUUUGUAUUUCUGUUUUAUUGAAUGCUUAUGAAAAAGAAAAUGAUCUUCAUAAGGCACUAGCCUUCCUGGCUGAGCUUGAGAAUGAUGGAAUUAAGGUGGGGCCUCAGCCAAUGGCUACUUUAGUUGCAUGGUUCAGUCGGCUGGGUGUUUUGAAGGAAGUUCAACAUAUGUUACAAGAAAUUGGUAAUAGCCAAGUUUUGUGUACAAGUUAGUGGAACUGCUAUGGAAUUAUGUAAGAGAUGUUACCUACUAUUGUCGGGUGUUGGUGAGUGGAAGGUUCUUGAAAUUUUAGUCGAAUCUUGAAACUGAAGAUAUUAGAUAAUUAAAGGAAACCUGUUUCAUGA